GUGUCUUUCAAAAAAGUUCUCCCCAACCCCUCCCAUCGCACCCUUUCUAACCUUAAUCUCAGUCAUUUUCGAGGGGUUCUAGAACUCAGUUAGUCUUCUGGAGAUUUUCCCACACAUACACAGAUACAAACCUCAGGCUGAUCUCUUAAUCUCUCACCUAGUUGGGUAUCCUUCUACUGCGGCCGUACUUUACUCACCUUUGACAUCCACUCCUCACAGGGACCUCAGAGUCAGUGGUUAUCUCUGUAAACAUGGAGGAUUCCACUGAACAGUCUCACUGGGUGUCUCCGGCUCUGCUCAGCUCUGAUCCCCUGGCCAGCUUCUCCUCAGAGCCUGGCUUACUACCUCCAGGAGAGGAGGGAGAGCCCUUCUUCUCCAACCAUGAGACUGAUUUCACCAGCCUGCCCUCCUACUUCUCCAACCCCAGCCACAGCAGGGCUCCAUCAGCCUACAGACACAGCUCAGUUCGCCAAGUGUACUCCUCACCCUCUCUCCCAAGCAACCUCCAAUGGCUGGAAGGGCCUGGAAGCCACUCUCUGAGCUCUCCUUACAACCCAUCAACCUCUACUUGGACCAGUAACCCUUUCACCAAGACUCCACUGCACCCACACACCCCAACCUCCCUUUAUGCCUCCAGUGCCACAUCCUCGUUUUCCUGCAGAAAUGGGUACUCCUCUCCAGGCAGGGAUGGCAAGGAAAGUCCCAGGCUUCAGGAGGCCUUGAAGGCCGAGCGCUUGAGUCCUUUAGGGGGAGGUGGUGGAAGCAGUUUUCUGAAUCUGACUUCAGCUGCUGGGGGUGUUUACACACCAUCUCCCCACUCCCACUCGCAGAUGCUGGGCCCCUACAGCUCGUACAUAACCUCUCCACAGGACUACAGCACAGCAGGCCUCUACUCUCCAGGGGCAUGGAUUAACCCCUCCUCCUACUCUCCCAAACUACGUAAUAAGAUGAGGCUGUCCCCACCAGACGCCAGGGAGUGCGUCAACUGUGGAGCCACUAACACCCCUCUAUGGCGUCGAGAUGGGACAGGACACUACCUGUGUAACGCCUGUGGGCUUUAUCACAAGAUGAAUGGCCAAAACCGUCCCCUGAUCCGGCCAAAGAAAAGACUGAUUAUCAGUAAGCGGGCUGGGACACAAUGUGCCAACUGUAACACCAGCACCACCACAUUGUGGAGACGGAACGCCAGCGGUGAGCCUGUGUGCAACGCCUGUGGACUCUAUUUCAAGCUGCACAACGUCAACAGACCCCUUACUAUGAAGAAAGACGGUAUCCAAACACGAAACCGUAAAGUGUCCAACAAGAACAAGAAGGGCAAGAUGAGUGCCAUGUUGGAGCAAUACCCUGACCUAUCACAGGGUCCCACCCUCGAUUACCACGGGGGCCCUUACUCCCUGGGCCCAGGGUCACUGCUCUCCUACAGCCACACCCCUCACUUCCUCCCCCCCCCUUCCGGCCUGCACCCAUCUGCCAACCUGUCCUACACCCAACACCCUAACACUGCCAUGGUGCCCACUCUGGUGUGAAACAGACCUGGGCAUAUGCAGACCCAUAAAGGCAGCACCAUACAGAGCAUACAGACACAAAGUAGCCUACUGAGGAAAAGCUUCUUUGUAGCAAUGGAUGCCCUGUACAUAAAUGCAUUUAUACUUGCUUACCAAUUUUGUGUGUGAAGUUGAUCUUGUCUAAACACUGGUCAUAAUAUGGUGGCAAAUUUUUUCAAGAUCAAAAAAUUUAAACUUUUACAGAAUAAUUUGACUGUAUUUUGUUAAAAGGCAUAUUCUAUGUUUCUGAAAAGUAAAACAAUAAAAGUAAAGUUUAUACGUCCCACUGUGGUCAUUGAUACGGCUAACACUGGUAUGAGCUUGUAGCUGUAUUUUGUAAAUACGCACCGACUACAGUUGCCACAUCCCUUUCAAAUGUUUAUGAUUUUAGUAGACCAAUGUGAAAGGGCAUUCAAAUGUGAAAUUGUUUUGCAUUUGCUACAUUUCUAUAUUUGUCAUUUCUUACAAGCUCCACAUAAACAAUAAAACAUGAAUGGUAAUAUUAA